AUGUCCAGAGCGUUUUACAAUCUGAAUAGCGAGAACAGAUGGGUAUUCAUUCGCACAGAUUCCCUUGCUGCUCUGUUCUCCGCCAGUCUUGGCGCAUAUCUCGUAUAUAGCGGAAGUGCAACAGCGUCUGAUACCGGGUUCUCGUUGAGUAUGGCAGUCGGUUUCAGUAGCUAUAUCUUGUACGCCGUGCGCAUGUUCAACGAAUUUGAGGUUUCCGGCAAUAGUUUGGAGCGUAUACAACAGUAUAUGGAGAUCGAGCAGGAGGAAAAACCCACUGAGAACGGAGUUCCGCCUGCUUACUGGCCCGCAAGUGGUGACUUGAAGGUCGAAAAGCUGUCUGCACGAUACUCCUCAGAUGGGCCGCGUGUGUUGGAGAAUGUGUCUUUCGAGGUGAAAUCUGGCGAGCGCGUUGGAAUUGUGGGACGAACCGGAAGCGGAAAAAGCUCUUUGACUUUAGCUUUGCUACGGUGCAUCCUCACCGAAGGCAGGGUAUAUUACGAUGGUCUCCCUACGGAUCAGAUCAAUUUAGAUGCGCUAAGGUCAAGUGUAACAAUCAUUCCUCAGGUUCCAGAACUCCUGAGUGGGACGUUGCGCCAGAAUUUGGAUCCGUUCGGGCAAUACGACGAUGCAGUCCUGAACGACGCUCUCCGUUCCGCUGGUCUCUUCUCUCUACAGAAUGACUCGGACGAAAGCCGCAUCACUUUGGACAGCCAGAUCGCGAGCGGAGGCAGCAAUCUGUCUGUUGGUCAAAGACAAAUCCUUGCGCUUGCGAGAGCAAUCCUCAGGCAGAGUAAACUGUUGAUAUUGGACGAAGCUACAUCGGCUAUCGAUUAUGCUACGGACGCCGUCAUUCAAGCCUCUCUUCGCAGAGAGAUGGUUCGUGGCGUGACUGUCCUGACCGUAGCGCAUCGCUUGCAAACUGUUAUGGAUGCGGAUAAGAUCAUGGUUCUGGAUGCUGGCCGGAUCGUUGAGUUCGGUAAGCCGACUGAAUUGCUUGAAAAUAAAAAUGGCAUGCUCCGUGCUCUGGUAGAGGAAAGUGGAGAUAAAGCUAGUCUGUUGGCUAUGGCCGCUGGUCACGGUGCUCAAUCCUCUGUAUGA